AUGAAGAUCUUCAACUCCGUCCCCUGGAUGGCUCUCAUUGCGAGUCUUUUGGCACCGUCAGCUUCCGCCGAGCUGGUUCUCGGAACCUUCACGGACCGCGCCCAUGAUAUUACUGGUGAAGUGGUGGCUCUUUCUGACCGUGUCUUGGAAGUCCGCGGCUUUGGCUAUGAUGGAACAGCGCCUGAUGCUUUCUUCUGGGCUGACACCAAUGCCGUGCCUUCUGAGAAUGGCUUCAUCUUGGAGGAUGGAGCACCCUCCAACAAUUGUGGACAAGAUCGGCUCGGAUUUGCGGAUGGAAGUCAGACAUACCGAG